AUGCGCGUGCGCAGGCGACGGGCGGACUCACCUUUGCAGUUCACACCCAAACCAAUUUGCCUAAAUUGUACAUCCGAUGUACACCCCAACUAUCAAGCGAUUCAUACAACUACCGCAGCCAUAUUUUUGCCGCGCGCGCUGUGUCGCCCACCGUGCCCACACGAUAACAUCCCACCACGCAUGCGCGAAUUGCGCGCGCAUAUAUAUUCAAACGCACACCGCGCCAACAUCAGUCAAUCGGUGUACGCCGCGUGGAGCGGUUGUAUAGUGUGA